AUGGCAUCGCAGGAUGAUGAUGCGUCGGGCUCACUGGACACCAUGCUGAAGAAGACAGCCAGUUCGACAUCGACAGACCCAUUGCUUCCCAGCGAACUCACUUACCUCAUAUCUGCGUUUCUUCCAUCCCAUUCUACCGAUGACAGAUCCAAGGCUUUCCUUGUUCUGUCAGCCUUUUGUCAAGGAGUUCGGAAAGGAUAUACAGAUAAAGGGCAGCAAAUGGAGGCGGCAACGGAAUCACUAGCAAAAGUGUUUUCCCCGUUAAUGCUGCCUCAUCUCGAGGAAACGACAGAAAAGGACCUUCUGAUUGGGAUUUCAUUUCUCACAGCACUGUUCCAAGUGGACUGGCAAUCCGCAUCUUCAAUAUUCCAGCGGGAUGAUGUACUCGAAUUAAUUAUGGACAGCGUUGACCUUAAUCCUUCCACCGAACUAUCUCUUCAUGUCGCACAUCUUCUCAGUCAGGCCUGCGGGUACAAACCCUGUCGAACCAUCCUUCCUCCCCAGACAACAAAAUGGCUUGAAUUCAUGUCCAGUCCGUCACAAAAUGCACCUGUCCGUGCUGCAGCUACCAUAGCCCUCAUCAAAUUGUCUAGAGGCAGUAUCUCAGACAAAGCUGACGUGGUUGGGGGAAACGAUACUCAUAUUCACAAAAAGGAUGACGAACUUGCAGUUGCAAUGAAAAACUUGGUUAUAUAUGGCGACGACCAUUCUUCCAUCGCCGAUGCCGUCGAGGGUUUGGCGUAUUUGAGCGUAGACCCUGUUGUCAAAGAAAUGCUGUCACAAGACUCAGAUUUCUUGAAGGCGCUCUUUGCAUCUGUACCUCACCGCAAACCUAUUCAUAGCGCAGAGACACAAUCUUCACUCGUGUACGGCGUCAUACUCGUCAUAUCCAGUCUAUGUGCGUAUCGACCACAUCUGACCGAAGAGCAGAGCCAGAUGGAGAAGUUAAGGCGUAUGGGGAAGGCCAACUCUGAGUCGAAUGGGGACUCUCCACUUAAUGACGACGGAAAAGUCGAAGAGAGAAUACGGAAAUUGAUGGCAAAUGGUGUUCUGGAAGUUUUUCCAGCUGCUUUGGCUGCAUCGGAUAGUCAGGGAAUACGCUUGGGGAUCGGAAAGGCACUGCUCAGUAUCGUGACAGAGAAAGAGAAUCGGGGUCAGGUUCUUCGAGCCGGCGGUGCUAAGGUCUUGCUGAAGAUCAUAAAAUUUUCUGUCUCUCGUGCCACAUCUACCAGUCAAACCGUGGCACUAGAUCCAGCCUACCUUGAAUCCAUCCAAGCACUGUCCAAAUUGUCCAUCACUGCUUCUCCAGUUCAAGUUUUUGGCCCGAACGACGGUGCGAUAUAUGACAUCAUUCGUCCAUUCUCACUUGCACUCCAGCACUCCUCCACCUUGCUACUGCAGAAGUUCGAAGUUCUCAUGGCUCUCACCAAUUUGUCUUCCCACAGCGCAGAAGUAGCUUCUCGUAUGGCCGAUUCGGAUGGAUUGCUUAACAGGGUCGAGCUAUUACUUCUCGAAGACCAUGUUCUAAUCCGGAGGGCAUCGAUGGAACUCAUCUGCAAUCUCAUAGCCGGGUCCGAGAAAGUAUUUGAGCGAUAUGGGGGCUCCGCAAGUGGCAGUAGUGGUGUGAAGACAAAGGUCCAAAUCUUGCUCGCAUUGUCAGAUGUAGAGGAUAUUCCGACGAGACUAGCUGCUUCUGGUGCUCUUGCAACUGUAACUACGGAGUCAGGAGCCUGUCAAGCACUUCUGGACCUUCAGCGAGAGCGACAUCGCGCAGUCCCAAUUCUUGCGCAGCUCAUCGAUCCCUCUACGGAUCCUGAGGCUGUGGAUGCCGAGAGUCACCCGGGGCUACUUCAUCGUGGGGUCAUCUGUGCUCGCAACAUUCUCGCGAAUGUAGACGAUUCUACUGUUAUCAAUGAGAUUCUACAGGACGCAGGGACCGCGGGUUUGACGAAGGCGUUGGCACCAUCGAAGAAGGCGGGAAAGAAGGUAACUCCCACCCCCAAGAAGGGUGGUGGCACGGGGAAGGUCGCCAAGGCUGACUGGAAAGAAGGCUUUAAGAAGAAGCAGGUCGGCGUUUCCGACAUGACAUUGCUCACGACCAUCAGCAAUGAAAGCAUCAACGACAAUCUUCAAAAACGAUGGACUAAUGCUGAGAUUUAUACCUAUAUUGGCGCAGUGCUGAUAUCUGUCAAUCCUUUCCGCGACCUUGGCAUAUAUUCCGAGGACACGCUUCAAAAGUACAAGGGAAAGAACAGACUUGAGGUCCCUCCUCAUGUCUUUGGUAUCGCCGAAUCUGCCUACUACAACAUGAAUGCGUAUCAUGAGAAUCAGUGUGUUAUCAUCUCAGGAGAAUCCGGUGCAGGCAAGACGGAAGCAGCGAAACGCAUUAUGCAGUACAUCGCUGCUGUUUCCGGAGGACAGGAUAGUAGUAUUCAGGAGAUUAAGGACAUGGUGCUGGCCACGAAUCCCUUGCUGGAAAGUUUUGGUUGUGCGAAGACACUACGGAACAACAAUUCAAGUCGCCAUGGAAAAUACCUAGAAAUCAUGUUCAAUGCUCAUGGGGAGCCCAUCGGUGCCCAGAUCACCAAUUACUUGUUGGAGAAAGGACGUGUUGUAGGACAGGUAGAGAACGAGAGGAAUUUCCACAUAUUCUAUCAGUUCACGAAAGCCGCCACAAGUGAGCAACGUGAGGCGUUUGGUCUUCAGGGACCUGAAGCAUAUGCGUAUACGAGUCUCAGUAAUUGUCUGGAGGUUCAGGACAUUAAUGAUGCACACGACUACAGCGAAACCAUUAAAGCCAUGGACGUUAUUGGCCUGGAUGCAAAUGAGCAGAAUGAAAUUUUUCGUAUGCUGGCCAUCAUACUAUGGCUUGGUAACGUUCAGUUCGAAGAGAAGGAUGACGGUAAUUCGCAAAUAGCCGACACAGGUGUCACGGACUUCGUUGCAUAUUUGAUGGACGUCGAUGCCGCGAGCGUAGUCAAGGUCUUGACAAGUAAGAUAGUCGAGACACAACGUGGGGGACGCAGAGGCUCAGUGUACGAUGUACCACUUAAUCCUACACAAGCCAGCUCAGGUCGGGAUGCACUCGCAAAAGCAAUCUACAACAACCUCUUCGAGUGGAUCGUGUCAAGAGUCAAUGUUUCGAUGAAACCCCGCUCAGCAACAUCGCAAGUCAUUGGGAUUUUGGAUAUCUUUGGGUUCGAGAUCUUCGAGGACAACUCCUUCGAGCAGUUGUGCAUCAACUACGUCAAUGAGAAACUACAGCAGAUCUUCAUUGAAUUGACAUUAAAGACCGAGCAAGAGGAAUACGUUCGCGAACAGAUCAAAUGGACGCCUAUCAAAUAUUUCAACAACAAGAUUGUGUGCGACCUCAUUGAAGAACGCCGUCCCCCUGGCAUUUUUGCUGCUCUCAAUGACGCCUGCGCUACCGCUCAUGCGGACCCUGCCGCUGCGGACAACAGCUUUGUACAGCGCACUUCCAUGCUGUCGUCGAAUCCCCACUUCGAAGCACGAGGGGCACAGUUCUUGGUCCGCCACUAUGCUGGUGAUGUCAUGUAUAAUGUGUCUGGCAUGACAGACAAGAACAAAGAUUCCCUUAUCAAGGACUUGCUCGAUCUGGUUGCUUCUAGCACCAAUCAGUUCCUGCAGACACUGUUUCCAGAUCGCCCAGAUCCAAACAGCAAGAAGCGACCUCCAACAGCAGGAGACAGAAUCAAAGCUUCGGCUGGUGCGCUCGUCGACAAUCUGAUGAAGGCGAAACCAUCUUACAUUCGAACGAUCAAGCCCAACCAGAAUCGUAGUUCUUCAGAAUAUGACGUCAAGGCUAUCUUGCACCAGAUCAAGUAUCUUGGCUUGCAGGAAAACAUUCGUGUUCGUCGGGCCGGUUUUGCGUAUCGUAACACAUUCGAAAAGAUGGUGGAGCGGUUCUAUCUGCUCUCGCCCAACACUUCAUAUGCUGGCGAGUAUACCUGGCAAGGUGACUCGAAGUCGGGUUGUGAGCAGAUUCUGAAAGACACCGGAAUAGCAAAGGAUGAAUGGCAAAUGGGCGUAACCAAAGCGUUCAUCAAAAAUCCUGAAACUCUCUUCGCUCUCGAAACGAUGCGUGAUAAGUACUGGCACAACAUGGCAGCCCGUAUUCAGCGUGCUUUCAGGAACUACAUGCGCUAUAAGCAUGAAUGUGCACGACGUAUACAACGUUUCUGGAAGAAUAACAAGGAGGCGCUUGUUUAUGCUCAAGUUCGGGAUUAUGGGCAUCAAAUUCUUGGUGGAAGAAAGGAGCGAAGACGGUUCAGUCUGUUGUCCUAUCGGCGUUUUAUGGGCGAUUAUCUCGACAUCAAUGGCCGAAGUGCCCUCGGAGCAGAGAUCGCGAAUUCUUGUAACAUCGGCAACGACGAUGUUACCUUCAGCGGGAAAAUACAUAUCCUUGUCUCGAAAUUUGGCAGAUCAAGUAAACUUAGUCCUCGCUUCAUCGUCGUGACUCAAAAAGCCGUUCACAUCGUUAUCCUUCAAAGCAAAGAAGGCCAUGUACAGCACAUCCUGGAACGCAAGAUUCCACUGGUGACAAUCAAGAGCAUUGCGAUGUCUAACCUGAGAGAUGACUGGAUGUGCUUGAACGUGAAUGCUUCAGAAGAAGGCGACCCAGUUUUCAGUUGUUAUUUCAAAACGGAGCUUGCGGCCAACCUAAUGCAAUUGACACACGACAGUGUCACUCUGAACAUUGGACCUACAAUUGAUUAUGCGAAGAAGAAAGAGCAACGAGCACAGAUUACUGUGGUUCGAGACGAGACUAUCAAGAGGGACGACGUAUACAAAAGUCAUACUGUACGCGUGCCCUCUGGUGAACCUGCAGGUAGUCUGUCGCGACCUCCAGCCAAGCGAAAGGCAGGAGUCGUUCGACCCAUCACUCAGGGUAAGCUUUUAAAGGCGGGAGGUCCAUCCAAGCCUAGCGGCAAUAGAUCGAAGCCUACUGCCCGAGCUUUGCCCGGAAAGGUAGGCAUCCCUGCUGUUUCCCCUAUUUCUGCUGCUGCAUCCACACCAACACCAAAGCCGAAGCCGAAGCCCGCUCCCGCCAGCGUGGCACCAUCGAAUGGCUCAAGGCCGCCUCCCGCACCUCCCCGAAAUGUCGCACCUCCCCCGCCUCCUCCGCCUCCACCUGCUGUCCCAUCAGUGCCCAUGUAUCGUGCAAAAUUUGCAUUCGAAGGACAAGAGGGUGAAAUGUCGCUGAAGAAAGACGGCCUCGUUGAACUAGUCGAGAAGGACGAUAAUGGAUGGUGGUUAGUGAAGAAGGACGGCGUUGAAGGCUGGGCGCCAUACAAUUACCUUGAAUUAGAGCCACCCAAGGCGGCACCUGCACCACCCCCUCCUCCACGAGCCCGGGCACCACCCUCUACUCCUGUCGCAAAGCAAGCACCUGUCCCAACAGCCAAGGUUCCAUUGCAUUCAGUAACAGCGAACGCCUCAGCUAAGCCUGUUUCUGUCUUUCCCGGAAUGGCGGCGUCAAACGGGUCGGCAACUCCUUGGAAGAAACAAGCAUCGACUUCGGCCUCGACACCGGAUGACUCUCCUGGAAAUUCUAGGCCUUCAAGCGCGUUGGCUGGUAGAGCUCCUCCGCCUGUUGCCGCCAAACCCAAACCCCCCGUUGUAGCAUCAAAACCUGCUCCGAAAAUACCCGGAAAACCGCCGAUUCCGGUGGCUUCUAGACCGAACGUUGGUGCCCCUCCUCCUGUACGUUCGGGUGGUGUAUCCAAGGCUCCAGCUGGACUAGGAGGGCAAAUGGAUUUAGCGGCGGCUCUGGCUAAACGAGCUCAGAGGAUGACGGAGGACUGA